CUUUAGCGUUCUUUCUUUUACUUUUUAUUUUUUUAAUUUUUUAAUUUCUCUUCUUUUGCUUUCUUUCAUCAUCAUUUUUUCUUCUCCUUGUAAAACAAGCCCUGCCUGUAACUAUAAAGAUUCAAAUAUACCCUUUUGCUAUUUUCAGUGCAUGGUGUUAAAAGAAAUGGCUGUGGAGCUUAUGAUGGGUUAUGGUUGCGCUGAUAGUUUUGCAGCAUCAACCCGAAUGGAAGAGAGUGCUGUACGGGAAGCUGCAUCUGCUGGUAUGCAGAGCAUUGGUGAGUUCAUCAGAUUAUUGUCUCGAAAUCAAGUCCCCGAACAACAUUUUCCAGAAGCCUCCUCUUCUUCAAGUCUUGAACCUGACAAAGAAAUCAAGGUUGCUGCCGAAGUGGCUGUUAACAAUUUUAAGAGAGUUAUUUCUUUACUGGAUCGACCAAGGACUGGCCACGCUAGAUUCAGAAGAGCACCUUUGAGUCCUCCACCUGUUAUUCCUCAGAAAGAACAAAAACAAGUUCCAGAACCGGGGCCGUCUGUUCUAUCUAUUAAUCAUCAAUCAAACGAACAAGGUUCUGCUUUUAAGGUCUAUUGUCCUACACCAAUUCAUCGUUUGCCUCCUUUACCUCAUAAUCACCACCCACAUCAGAUUCAUAAGACUCCUUCUGUGGCGGUGACCAAGACUGUGUAUACAGAGAGAAGUGAUGCGCCAACUACUAUCAAUUUUUCACCUUCAACUUCUUUCAUUUCCUCGCUUACUGGGGAUACUGAUAGCAUACAGCCUUCUUUUUCCUCUGGAUUUCAAUUCACUACUCCUUCACAUGUUUCAUCAGUUGGUAAGCCGCCUUUAUCUUCGUCUUCACUUAAAAGGAAGUGCAAUUCCAUGGAUGAUGCUGCUCUAAAGUGUGGUUCAUCUUCUGGCCGCUGCCAUUGCUCCAAGAAAAGGAAAUCAAGGGUUAAGAGAGUUGUUAGAGUCCCUGCGAUUAGCUCCAAGAUGGCUGAUAUUCCACCUGAUGAUUUCUCUUGGAGAAAGUAUGGCCAGAAACCCAUCAAAGGUUCCCCUCAUCCAAGGGGAUAUUACAAAUGUAGUAGUGUUAGAGGAUGCCCAGCACGUAAACAUGUAGAACGCGCACUUGACGAUCCAAUGAUGCUGAUUGUGACAUACGAAGGUGAUCACAAUCACUCUGUGGCAAUACAUGAUGCGCCUGCUGCUAUGGUGUUGGAAUCGUCUUAGUCAACUCAUCAAAGGGCCAAGAUGAGAAAUUUGAAAAUUGAAUCACAACCCCUCCAAAAGUGGGAAAUUGGAGUAGAUGAAGCAAUCACUACCGUGCUCAGAUAGUCAACGAAGAUGCUGGGCUUUGUCUUCAAGAAAGAAAGAAGAUUGAUUAUUAGGUUACCUAGCGCUGUUUAAAAAAACCAAUAUAGGAUUCCUUGUUUCUGGUUUCUCUCUUUUUGUUGAAGACUUUGUUAAAAAGGAAAAAGAAAUAGGAAAGCGUAGAAAUUGUUUGAUUUUGUGGGAGUUGAAUCUUGCAAACACAAGUAGUGGGUUUUUUUCUAUAAUUAUUUUAUUUCUUAAUGCUCUUAUACUCAACUCUCAGAUCAGAUGGAAUUUUGCUUUUAAUAUAUAUGGUGGUGGAUCUUGCUUUAA